UCGAGGAGUAGGACGGAGUUUUGCCUUGUCCCAGCAGCUUUGGCGACCCCCGCCUUCGUCUCUGGAAAGUUUUUGGAUUCUCCUUCCCACUCGUAUCUUACUCUAAUAAUCCGUGGGCGUCCGCAGGUGAGGUGCAGAGGGGAGCACCAGUCGGGAUAUAGGAUGCCGCGGAGUUCGACAAGCCUAAUGACGCAAUGGGUUUACUCAAUACAGCUUCAGAUUGUGAAGGACAGGAUAAUACUUGCAGGGUCUCCCACGUUUCCUAUGACCAAAAAGCAGGCUGAGCUGAUAUAUAUAACCUGACAGGCACACCAAACCUUUUUUUCCGAGUUCAGGAAAAGGCUUCUCCGGACACCAGGAACCAUGCAAACUUUCCUCAUGUUGCUUUUUCUGUCGUGUGCAGCAGCGCGCAUGUCAGUACCCAGGAAUGAAAUCUCGAAUUCCAGUGAGCCAUACAGGGAGAGCCGGAAAGUUCUUACCACAACAGGCAAAGAAUGUAAGCUCCCCUUUCGUCAAGGUGGAAGGCUUCAUCAUCACUGCAUCACCGUCCUGUCCUCGAGACCGUGGUGCUCUCUCACACACAAUUUUGAUCGGGACAGGAAAUGGAGCUUCUGUGCACCAGAGAAAACCCUGCCAGAGGUGUUUGUCCACACGUCACGCAGAAUCACAGAUUUGUGUCAGAUGAAACCAUGUCAGAAUGGAGGUGUGUGCAGCCCGAUCCCACACACGCGUUCGUUCGAGUGCUCUUGUCCUGAGAGCUUUACUGGGAGAUUGUGCGAGCAAAAGAAGUGCUAUGAAACCACACACCUGCGCUAUUAUGACAUUGGAGAGUCUUGGGGACGGAUUCAUCUCCGCAACGUGGAACAAUGCACAUGUGUGGCAGGGGAAAUCAAGUGUGAAAGAGACCGCUACACCAUGUGCCCUACAAACCCUUGUCAGAAUGAAGGAGCAUGUCGACUGAUCACAGCUACUGGCAAGGAAGUGUGUAACUGCAGAAGUGGCUACAGUGGACCUUACUGUAGCUUUGAGCCAGAGACAGAGUGCUAUAACAGCAGGGGCACAGAUUACAGAGGGGUGGUGGGCACCACAAUGUCCGGCGCCCAGUGUCUGCCGUGGAACUCAGACCUACUGUUUGACGAGCUCCAUGUGGGCACGGUGGUUGCAUCAUCCUUCAAGGGCCUUGGGGAGCAUGCCUACUGCAGAAACCCAGAUGGGGACAAAAAGCCGUGGUGCUACACACUAAAUGACGGCGCCAUCUCCUGGGAGUACUGUGACAUCCCCUCAUGUAUAAUGCCCGUGUCUUCCUCUCGAAGGAUUUUCCCACGCUUGCCCACCAUUAGAAAACCCAACUCCUCCAAACCAGCAAAAAAUCCCGUGUGUGGAACAAAGCACAAGAAGAGGGUACAGGUAGCCAGGGGGAGAAUAAUGGGUGGACAUGCUGCCCUGCCUGGUUCUCAUCCAUGGAUGGCAGCCAUUUACAUUGGACAGUCAGACUUCUGUGCUGGCAGUCUGAUCUCCUCCUGCUGGAUCGUCUCUGCGGCUCACUGCUUCUUCCGCAACCCCCUGAGGUCUCAAAUCCGUGUGGUGCUUGGUCAGCAGAAUUUUAAUGUCACUGGUCCCAACACCAGGACGUUUGGAGUGGAGGAGUACAUCUUUCCAAAACAGUUCUCGGUGUUUAAUCCAACCCUACAUGACAUUGUUCUCGUCAAACUGAAGAAGCAGGACGGGCGGUGCGUGAAGAGAACCCCAUUCAUCAGGCCCAUCUGCCUGCCAGACAAAAGCACGACGUACCCUGAUGGGUACUGCUGUACCAUUAGCGGCUGGGGACAUAUGCAUGAGUCGGGACAGGGUUACUCGACCCUGCAGGAGGCUGGAGUGAGACUGAUCCCUCACGACACUUGUAAGAAGCCAGAAGUCUACGGCAACCACGUCACUGCCGGCAUGCUUUGCGCAGGGCUCAACGGCUGCGUUGACGCGUGCCAGGGUGACUCUGGGGGCCCACUGGCUUGUCCAAGGGAUGAUGUCAGCUUCCUGUAUGGGAUCAUCAGCUGGGGAGAGGGCUGCGGCCGCUCUCGAAAACCCGGAGUUUACACAAAAGUGGUAAAUUAUAUAGACUGGAUCAAUUCAGUGAUCAAACGCAAACCGAAAGCUUCAUAAAUGGACUUUACCUGAACAUUAGCUUUGGGAUGUGUGUUUUCUUGUUGUUAUUGUAAUGUUCUUAGAAGUUUAUUGGCUAUAUUUUUUUAUAACUGUGAAACAUUUUGUGACUGAAUAAACCUUCACUGACUUGAUAAAACUGUUAGACCAAUGAAAGAGCACUGCUUGUGACUGUUGUAGAUCUUUGAUUAAACAACCUCAGCUCCAGGUCCACUUUACUAGCUUUUUCAGGAGCCCUUAACUAUGGUCUUAAUCUGCAGAUGGAGUUUGUUUUGUUAUUGUAAUGACAUAUGUUGAGAUGCUCAGUAGCUGUUCUAAUUUCAUCCAUAAAUCUAAUAAUAUUAUAAUAAAAAAAAUAAGUAACAAA